UCCAGAUAAGGCUGGCGAGAGGAUUUUGCUUUCUUCCAAGACUCUGGGAGCAAACCAGAGGCAUCUGAGGUUUUCGCCAGCCCUCGGACACCUCCGGGGGAGUUUGGGGGCAUCUUCUGCCACAGAGCCAUAAGCCUGAAACCAACCACUUGGAAUGCAGGGAGGUGCUGUGAACUUUGACCUUUUCCCGGAUAAGCGGAGAUGGUCUGGGGAGCCGAGGAUGCCAGUAAAUGCUGCUUGCAACCUUUUCAUGGUGACUGUAGAGAAACGGAUCAGGGGUCUUUGAGGACGAGUGGGAGUCGGACCGAGAGAGCGACGCGGAGUCGGACUGCUUCACAGAAGGGUCGCUGGCGUUUCGCACGGGGGACCCUGAGCCCGCCGCCCUGGUUCCCGAGGCUCUUCGCGGCCACUCUACCCCGAAACCUGUUCGGUGUUGCAGCGUUCCCAUCGGGGCAUCCUCGGCGGCAGAUCUGGAGUGGGACCCCUCGGUGGACGUGGGGGGCUCCACCUCGCAGGACGAAGACUCCUCGUAUUACAGUGCUGUGGUGGCUGUUAAGGGAAAUCACUGCUGUGGUUCAAUUAGGAACAUGGUCGUUAAGUGAAUCUGGCUUCCCUAUGGACUUUGCUUGCGAGCAGGUCGCAAAACGAGAUCGCAUGACCCCCCGGGACACCGCGGCUGUCAUAAAUGUGAAUCACUGGGCCAAGCAUCUGAAUUUUGAUCCCGGGAUCGUUUGACGUCACAAAGGUCGUA